AUGGUCAUGACACACGCCCUAGAAUGGCCAAGUCUCACAGUUCAGUGGUUGCCUGACGUUAUCAAGGUAAAAUAUCAAUUCAGAAUAAUUUUUUAUGGAAAUUUUAUCUAUCGAAAUGAUGGGAUUUCAGAAUGAAGGAACAGAUAGCACUACACACCGUCUUAUUCUUGGAACGCACACUUCCGACGAGCAGAAUCAUUUGUUGAUUUCAAAGCUAGCGCUUCCAACGGACGAUGCACAAUUUGACGCCUCACGGUACGAUACGGAAAAAGGAGGUUGGAUAAAAGUAGUCACAUGACAGCUCAGUUCAUUUUUUUUUUGUAGAAUUCGGAGGUUUUGGAGCGAUCACUGGAAGAAUAGAGCCUGAGAUCAAAAUCAACCACGAGGGAGAAGUAAAUCGAGCUCGCUAUAUGCCGCAAAACCCAGUUAUAAUCGCCACGAAAUCACCUAGCUCUGAAGUAAAAAAGAUGUAUUCUAUUUAUUUCAAUUUUACUUUCAAGGUUUACAUUUUCGAUUACACGAAACACCCGUCUGUGCCAGAAGGAAAUUUGUUUAAACCACAAAUUCGCUUGCGAGGACAUACAAAAGAAGGUUACGGCCUGUCUUGGAACCCCAACCGAGAAGGAUUUAUUCUUUCGGCUUCUGAUGAUCACACUGUAUGUUUUAAGUUUGUCUGCAGUCGCUCAGAUUCAUAUAUGCAUAUUUUUUUAAUUCUUUGAUAGUUAAAAAAAAUCUGUAAAAAUUUAUUUCCCAAAAAAAAAGAAAGAAAAAAUAUUAAAGGAGCAUACUGUGCGUAAGCGUGGGCUCCGACGCGGUCGGUUAUUUUUACUGUGAUUUCAUUUUUUUUUUCUUAUUUUGCAUUGUUUUUUCGAAUAAUUUUCAAUUUUUUUCUUAUUUUAAAAGAUUUUUUCUUCUCAUGGCGUAGUAGCGAUAGUUGAAUUUAAUCAGCUUCGAAAAAUGCAGCGAAAUUUUUGACAUUUUUGGAGUUUUUUUUUCUGGUUUUUGCACACCAUAAAGUUAUUUCUCCCUACUAGCGCCCAAUAAUUUUAUGAUAUUCGUACGUAUCUCAAUGAGACGGAUCGAAUGGUUAUACUUUCAUGCUGAAAAUCAAACAUGUUGGUAACGUCGGAUUAUUCCGUUAUUUUUUUUUUCACGAUUUAUAAAAAUCUUUAUCAGGUUUGUCACUGGGACAUUCAAGCAUCUCAAACGACAGCCGGUAUAUUAAAUGCCAAAACGACGUUCAAAGGUCAUACUGCGGUAAUGAAUGAAUAAUUUUCCCAUAAAAUGUCUUCUUUCAGGUUGUUGAAGACGUGGCUUGGCAUGUCCUGCACGAAUUCCUCUUUGGCUCCGUUGGCGAUGACCAUAAACUUCUUGUUUGGGAUGUCAGAAACAAUGCUCCAGUGCAUUCAGUGGAAGCCCAUUCGGCUGAAGUUAAUUGUCUCGCGUUCAAUCCAUAUUCCGAGUUCAUCUUAGCUACUGGCAGUGCUGACAAGGUUCUUUUUGUUAUUAGAAAAUUUUGAUUUCAAUGUUUGUUUCUAGACUGUCGCACUAUGGGAUUUAAGAAACCUCAAAUUGAAGUUGCAUUCGUUUGAAUCGCACAAAGACGAAAUCUUCCAAGUUCAGUGGAGUCCUCAUAACGAGACCAUUUUGGCUAGUAGCGGCACGGACCGGUUCGUUCAUACUUUUUUUUUGACUAUUGUUUGAAACUUCCGAAUCUCACAGAAAGUUAUCACAUAUCUUCGUGAUGUAAAUUUUUUUCCGAAAAAUUGUAGGCCGUCUCUAGAUAGAUGCCAUUUUGUAGAUUAAAAUAUUAUUGAAUUUGAAUUCUUUCAAAAAAAAAAAAACCGAGUAAUAUGGCCAGUCAGAGUUGAUAAAUGCGACAAUGCUUAGUUACACUAAGACAGUGAUAACUUUGAAAAAAAAUUUUUACUUUUUCGGGUAAGCAAAUGUUCGAAUUAGUGAAGCACACAAUAAAAAACUUUAAUUUACUCACGAAGAAUUUUUAGUCUUGCUUUGGAGAAAUGUUUUCAGUUGAGAGAAAAACGUACAAACUUCAAUUUUUAGAUCUUUUUUCUUAUUAAAAGUUUUUUUAGAAGACUUCACGUCUGGGACUUGUCGAAGAUUGGCGAAGAACAGACUGCGGAAGACGCCGAAGAUGGUCCGCCGGAGCUUUUGUUCAUCCACGGCGGACACACGGCGAAGAUCAGCGACUUCUCCUGGAAUCCCAAUGAACCCUGGGUCGUCUGCAGCGUUUCUGAAGACAAUAUCCUACAGGUAACUUUCCUCAUUGGAAUCUUUUCUGAUUUGUUUCUUUUCAAGGUUUGGCAGAUGGCAGACAACAUCUACAAUGAAGGAGACGAAGAAGUGAGCGGCGACCAGCUCGAAAGCUGAUCAAUUCAAACUAUUCCAUGAUUUUAAUGCUUGUUCAUAUUAAGAUAUUUUCAGUGAAUUGAUACUAACUUCGCUAAUUUAUCUAUGUUGUUUCAAAAAUCUUUUCACGACGCAUCUCAUCCCUAUUAUAAUUUAUAUUACCAAGUCUGAUGACUGUACAAAUAAAAAUUUGUCACAGGUUGAUCUUUGCUUAAUCAAAAUUUGUUACGACUAUGCGAUAUACUUGAACGGAAAAAAUGAAAUAUGAAAAAAAGAAAAUGAAUUUUACGUCUUUCUUAACAGCUCUCUAUAUGAUAUCACUAAGAAUAACUGCCGGGAUAAACGGGAGACGCUUGCGGUACAUUGACGAGCUCGCAAAAAUUUCGCAUUUCUCUCGCAAUCUGAAAAUUUCCGAAAAGCAAGAUAAAUGCGAGAUCGCGCCUAGAAAAAAGCGACAUGUUUGCGAGUUCGUCAAUGUACCGCCACCGACCUCUCGUUUAUCUCGACAGUUAUUCUUAGUGAUACAGGAUGGUCCAAAAGUAUUGUCUCUAAAUUUUGCGCCAGUGGGGUGCGCUUUAGCGCAUAUUCCGUGAUAGUUUGAAUUUUUUUUGUUCCUUAAGUAUUUUUAUAUACUGCCUUUAAGUUACUUUAUGAUCGGUUCAUUUUCAAAGAAAUGGUAGCUCUUACCCUCAUCUAGAUGCAGUCGUCAAGCUGAGGGAAGAAGGAAAAUCGACGAUGACCAUCUGUAGAUUGCUCGCCGCCGGGCGAAUAACUGGAAAGAACUAUCAAGCUAUGGAAGGAGACAAUAGGUGUCCAGGACCGUCCUAGAAAAUAAAGACCGCGCAUUUCAGUCACCCCUGAGAGAACCAAGGCAGUUCAGGUGAGAAUUCAUCGAAGUCCACAUUGAAGCAUUCGAAAAAUCGCCAGAGACAUAAAUGCGAGCCGUACGUCGGUCGGAAGGAUUGUCAAAAGGGAGCUCGGACUCACCCCUAAUCGUUUUCGAAAGACAGCCAUUCUAUACGAAAGCAACAAGAAAGCACGGCCGAAAAGGUGUGAGAUGCUGCUUGCCGGCACGCGCCAAAACAGCCACCUCAAAACUCUUUUCACCGACGAAAAGCUUUUCCACUGUUGA